GGAUUUCCUUCGUCCGGAUUUGAUUCAAACUCUCUUCUUCUGUUCCUGGACCCUCUAAGCAGUCAAUAUGGUCAACAUCACAGAAAAGAUCAAAGAGAUCGAGGAGGAGAUGAGGAAGACGCAGAAGAACAAAGCCACCGAAUACCACCUCGGUCUUCUUAAAGGUGCUCCGCUAAUACUUUACAGCAAACGCGCACGUCUUCGAGCCCAACUCCUCGAGCCAGCUCCCGGCGCAAGCUCCGGUGGUGGUACUGGAUUCGACGUGUCAAAAUCCGGCGAUGCACGAAUUGCGCUUGUUGGGUUUCCAUCUGUUGGAAAGUCCACCUUCCUGUCAAAGAUUACCAAAACCAAAUCCGAGGUUGCAGCCUAUGCAUUCACAACUCUUACGGCAAUCCCUGGUGUUCUCGAGUAUGGCGGUGCAGAGAUCCAAAUCUUAGAUCUACCGGGUAUCAUCGAAGGUGCAGCGGAGGGGAAGGGACGAGGAAGGCAGGUCAUUUCUGCUGCAAAGACAAGUGACCUAAUUUUGAUGAUAUUGGAUGCAACGAAGAAAGCCGAGCAGAGGAGGCUGCUGGAGCAAGAGUUGGAGGCGGUCGGCAUCCGGUUAAAUCGGGAGCCCCCAAACAUUUACCUCAAACCUAAGAAAGCCGGGGGUAUGAAAAUUACCUUCCAAGCAACGCCGAAGUACCUCGACGAAAAGAUGCUGUACAACAUCCUCCGCGACUACAAGAUGCUAAACUGCGAGGUUCUUGUGCGGGACGAAAACGCUACUGUUGAUGACUUCAUUGAUACUAUCAUGAAGGACCAUCGAAAGUACAUCAAAUGCCUAUACGUCUACAACAAGAUCGACAGUAUCUCGCUUGACUUCCUUGACAACCUUGCCCGCGAACCGCAUACUGUCGUCAUGUCUUGCGAACUUGACCUUGGUAUCCAAGAUGUUGUAGAGCGUUGUUGGGAAGAACUCCGUCUGAUCCGAGUCUACACGAAGCGAAAGGGAAUCGACCCAGACUUCAGCGAGGCGCUCAUUGUUAGGAAUGGCAGUACAAUCGAGGAUGUCUGUGACCAGAUUCACCGGACUUUGAAAGAGACGUUCAAGUAUGCGCUUGUGUGGGGUGCCAGUGCGAGACAUGUACCUCAGCGAGUCGGACUGGGCCAUAUAGUUUCAGAUGAGGACGUGGUGAGUAUUGUGGCGAAGUAG